CCAACGCGUCUCUCUCUUACUCUGCGCCCGUCCCUAUCCCGACCCCCGCCGCCGCGCCCGCGCCCUUGCGCGGCUUCCGGCCGCCGCCGUUUUUGCCACUUCGCGGUCCUCCGCUGCUCCAUUGCAGGGCGGGCGCGACUUCCCCUGCUAGCCACCGCUCCCUGACUGCUCCUCCCCUCUGAUCCUCCACCGACAGCCGCUGGUGACGUUGCCGCUGGGGGUGCCGCAGCCACCGGCGUCUCACUCCAGGAGAUCGAUUAAGCUCGGGUUCUGCUGGUUGCCAUACUACUCCCCCUACGGCAGAUAUAGCUUCAGGGACAUUGUAGACUUUACAUUAGUUGACACAGAAAAGAAGCCUGAAUUCUGUAAGCCAAAAAGAAAAUGAAAAACAGUUUUUCAGAGCUUCCCCCUACUGGAGCUUAUUUCCACCGCAAUCCAUAAGCCUGUUUCUGGAGAUGCUUAAGCUCAAAAGAAGUAAUCAAUGCUGUCUUCUGAGGUUGUGUGCAAUGAAGGGCUAUAAAUGGCAGGGAAGCACCGCAUAAGUCGCCAGUACUAUGAGGAACCGCGAGGAUUUCGUGAUGGUCCUCCUCCUCGACUUGCACGAGAAAGGUCUAUCUCACCACGUUGCUUCGAGGGAGAGCUGUCUAGCCGCCGUGAUGAGAUACGCAGAAUCCGUGAUGACAACCAACAUCUGGUGGAUGAAAUUGUUGGACUCAGGCAAGCAAUGUCCCAUUUGAAAGAAGAUCUCUAUUCCUCGAGUCAGGCUAUACCUAAGCUCCGCGCAGAGAAAGAACUUGAAUCGAGGGAGCUGACUCAGAGGAAUCUGAAGCUGGAAGCUGAGCUACGCUCUUUAGAACCUCAUAGGCAAGAUGGCUUGCAGCUACGAUCUGAAGUAGGCACGCUGCAGUCUUUGAGGCAAGAGUUGACUGAAAAGGUGCAGGGUCUAACAAAGGAGGUUGAGCAUCAGAACUCUGAAAAGCAGCGCAUAUCUGCCAUGGUAGCUGAACGAGAUGGUCUGCGACAGGAACUAAUUCGUACGAGGGCCGCUCUUGAUUAUGAAAAGAAUGCAAAGGCAGAGCUGAUGGCACAGGUGCAGGCAGUGGAGAAGGAUCUUGUAACUAUGGCUCAGGAGUCUGAGAAGCUUAGGGCUGAGAUUGAGAAGAGAAGGCCACCUAGUUUCAGCGGACAUGGAGCUUACGGACGACCUAUGACAACUCCUGGGAUGGGCUUGCAAGACAUCUACGACAGCGGCUAUUCUUACAGAGAGAAACGCUACGAUGCUGGACCAUGGGACCCCCCUGGCUAUCCGCACCCAUGAUUUGCGCUUUUGAUCCUUGUCAGAGUUCAUCACCGUCAGUACUUGCGACAAAGUUCCUAUCUUAGCACUGAAACUUGUGGUGACUGGUGUUUUCGUGGCGGAUUUGAGUUUUGCUAUAGCUUUGUUGGCAAAUGCGACAGCAUUGUACCAGCGCUGCUUAUAUUGCACCAUUCUUCAGAAAAUCAUAACCGUUGUAGAAGGCGAUUGAUCACAUCAUAGAAGGGAAUAUAUAAUUUGAAUUCUAGAAAAUUGCAACAGGGCGUGAAGCCUUCUGAAGGCAGAUUGCUCUUUCGUGACCGGUUUGAUGCGGUUGCUACUCUUUUGGUUUGGGUCGAGCUCUUGCAAGCUUCGAUUGCAUGAGGUGAAAUAUUAUCACCUGCCAAAAAUGAGGACUGAUGCCUAGUUGUGCUUCCUGCAUUGCUGCUUUGCUCAUGUUGAAGGUGGUGAAAAGAAUAACAGCAAUCCCCUUUGUCAUGUCCCGUCUUAUUUUUGAAUUUUUAUUUUUAUUUUGAGUGGUACAGCCAUCCCAAUUUACAUGUCAUUUUCAUAUUUCGUGAUUUUUAAUUGACCAUUUUGACCGAAC